AGGAGACCCUGAAAAGUUCAAACCGGAAAUUCUUUUGGAAAGAGAACUGUCGGCUGGAAUAUCUAUAGUGACUCAAACAAGUGCUAUGAUACUACACGAGGUGGCGUCUAUACAUAAUAUUAGAUUUAGCUAUAGUAUUUGUGACAGAUGGGUGGGCGAUUAUAAAAGAGAAAGUCCAUAUGCAGUGACUAAUGCGCUUUACUUUCAUGACAUUGAUAUUACUCCCAUUCUGCGUUUCCUGCCGUUCCAUAUGGACUACUAUGACGUCAUACACCAACCAGUCACACACGUAGAAGCUCGCUAUUUCUAUCGAAUACCAACGACUGGUGUUGGUAAAUUUGAAAACCAGUUUCUAACACCGUUUAGUAUUGGAGUGUGGUGGUGCGUGUUCGGUAUCUUGCUGAUGUGUGCUCUAGGACUGCUGAUCUCUGCUGCAUUGGAGAGACGACCUCAAUCCACGGCUUACGCGGUCUUCUCUGUUGUGGCACUGACCUGUCAGCAGUAUUUUGAGGAUGCCAGUGAUGCUAUUGUACGAAGAAAUACAAUAGCCCGCAAACUGACAAUCCUCAUCACCGGAUUGUCCUGUCUGCUGAUGUAUAACUACUACACCAGCAGUGUGGUUAGUUGGCUCCUCAACGGCUCUCCACCUUCUAUCAACACUCUAUGGGAGCUGCUAGAUAGUCCUUUACAACCUGCCUUUGAAGAUGUAGGGUAUACGCAGUCCUGGUUGCAGCUAUCUGAUUAUUAUUACAACAAAAAUAACGCGGACGCCGAAAAUGUAUUAAAGAAAAGAAUAAAAAAGAAAGGAAACAUUAUCUUAACUUCUCCAGCAGAGGGCAUUGAGAUGGUUAAGAGAGGAGCUUUUGCAUUCCAUUGUGAAACGAACAGUGCUUACAAAUACAUAGCAAAAACAUUCACGCCUAGAGAACUCUGUGACCUGGACUCGCUUCAUUCCAUUGAGAAGACUCUUCUAUUCACCGCUCUGCAGAAGAACAGCCCGUACAGAGAAUUCUUCGUAUGGAGCUAUGCGCGUGUAAAUGAACAAGGGAUAAUAAAAUUGAUACACAGCAGAACAAAGUCAGCAGAGACAAAAUGUGAAGGAAGCUCACCCAGAGCUCUGGCUCUCGGAGGAGCAGCCCCAGCCUUCAUCGUCCUCACAGCUGGUUGUAUCCUGGGGACAAUCAUCAUGUUUUUGGAGAAGAUCAAAUUUGCACGAGAAUCGAAAAAUACAAUCAUUAAAUAAGUGAUUUAAGAAAUUAUCUUUUUCUUAAUAAGAGUUCCCGUUUCUAGAAAAUGCUAUUAUCGAAGAGUCACUUUCGCCGCUACUUCUCUCACAGAACGCUAUCAGC